AUGAAGAGAUCCAAGUCUGGAGACAAUGGCAAAAAGCGGCAUAAAAACUGGUCUGUGUUAGAGCCAGGGUGGCAGGGUAUUUUUGUGACUUGCCCGCGCGGCAAGGAAUCAAACUGUCGGGCUGAGCUGCUAGAUUUGUUACGGGAAUAUGUCGAUAACGACGACGAAGAGGAAGACGAGGGCGAAGAGGAAUCGGGCGACAUUGAGGCUGUGUUGUCCAAAGAGGUUGCAUCCUUGAAACAAAAACGCAAAGAGAGCAACGUAGAAGGCCACUUGGUGGGCUGUGAGUGCGUGGUGUUUGCCCGAUUGAAGAAAGCCGACCCAGUGGAGGUUGUAAAGCGGAUUUGCCGGGACGCAAAACACAAGGGAAUGAAGCAAACGCGGUAUGUCCAACGCAUGACACCCGUGUCGCUACUUGUGACCGCCAAUCUCGACAAUAUUGAAAAGUUCACCCCUAUAGUCGAGUCUGCAAUGCCUGGCGAGGGCCUCAAGUUUGCCAUCAGACCCACGAUUCGAAACAACACCAAGAUCCCCAGGGACGAACUUAUCUCCAACACUGCCAAGCUGGUUGGACACCGCCACAAAGUGGACCUAAAGGGCUACGACAAGCUGGUUCUUGUCGAGUGCUUUAAAUCGGUCAUGGGGCUGUCUGUUGUUGACGAGUUCGAUGAACUGAAUAAAUUCAACCUUACACAAAUCUAUGAAGCUGCGGCAAAGGCCCAAAAUGAUGCUCAAAAUGAUGCCGAGUAG